AUGGCGCUCCCCAGACGGCACGCCUUUGAGCUGAGCCCGACACCGCCUAUCCCAAACGAGGCCGCUCAGUUGAAUCCGCGCUCCCACGUGGCGCGCACGCCCGCCCUUGAGAGGGGACAAUCCCGGACCUGCACCAUAGCUCUCCUUUAUAUCGACCAGGAACGGAGAACAGAGCGCCGACGCAAAUGA